AUGUCUGAUCCCAAAGAAGUCCACGAGGGGGCUGAACGUUCCCGCUCCAUCACCCUGAAAACAACCGACGAUGUCAACCAUGUUGAGGCGCCCGUGACAUGGAAAGCGUACUUGAUGUGCGCCUUUGCUUCGUUCGGUGGAAUCUUCUUUGGUUAUGACUCGGGCUACAUCAACGGAGUACUUGGAGCAGACAUCUUCAUCCGGGCAGUCGAAGGCCCAACUGCGGAUGCUCUUAGCUCCUCGCACCAAUCGCUCGUUGUCUCGAUACUGUCGGCUGGCACCUUCUUCGGAGCUCUCAUUGGUGGAGACAUGGCGGACUUCAUCGGCCGUAAAUGGACCGUCAUCAUGGGCUGCAUGAUCUAUAUGUUCGGUGUUGUGAUCCAAAUGAUCACCGGAGAGGGAGAUGCCCUAGGUGCCAUAGUGGCUGGCCGUCUCAUUGCUGGCAUCGGGGUUGGAUUCGAAAGCGCUAUUGUGAUCCUCUACAUGAGUGAGAUCUGCCCUCGAAAAGUCCGCGGGGCCCUCGUAGCAGGCUACCAAUUCUGCAUUACCAUUGGUAUCAUGCUUGCUUCUAUCGUUGUGUACGCAACCGAAGACAGACGGGACACCGGCUCUUACAGGAUCCCUAUCGCCAUUCAGUUCGCGUGGGCCAUUAUCCUGGCCGGUGGCCUCUUUACCCUUCCUGACUCGCCGCGCUAUUUUGUGAAAAAGGGCCGACUCGAGGAUGCCACUAUCUCGCUAUCGAAACUACGCGGGCAGCCACGCGACUCCGAGUAUGUACAAAUCGAGCUGGCUGAGAUUGUUGCCAAUGAGGAAUACGAGCGGUCUGUCAUUCCCUCGAGCGGAUGGUUCUCCAGCUGGGCGAACUGCUUUAAGGGAGGUUUGCGAGUGCAGAAAUCGAACCUGAGGAGAACCAUUCUGGGCACGUCUCUGCAAAUGAUGCAACAAUGGACUGGCGUGAACUUCAUCUUCUACUACUCGACCCCUUUCCUGCAGAGCACAGGGGCGAUCGACAACACCUUCCUCAUCUCGCUCAUCUUCACCUUGGUCAACGUAUGCAGCACGCCGCUGUCGUUCUAUACCGUUGAGAAAUUCGGUCGUCGUCCGCUGUUGAUCUGGGGUGCGCUGGGCAUGUUGAUAUGCCAAUUCCUCGUCGCCAUUGUCGGUGUGACGGUUGGAUUUAACCACACCCAUCCCGACCCGGUUGAUGCGGAUCUCAGUCUUGCAGACAAUGUGCCGGCGGUCAAUGCCCAAAUCGCCUUCAUUGCCAUCUUCAUCUUCUUCUUUGCGUCCACAUGGGGUCCUGGGGCAUGGAUCGUGAUCGGAGAGAUCUUUCCUCUGCCGGUUCGCUCCAGGGGCGUUGCGUUGUCGACGGCUUCAAAUUGGUUGUGGAAUACGAUCAUCGCUGUCAUCACACCGUACAUGGUCGGCGAAGACCACGACGACCUGAAAUCCUCUGUCUUCUUCGUCUGGGGCGGCCUUUGUACGGCUGCGUUCGUCUACGCUUAUUUCCUGGUGCCCGAGACAAAAGGCCUCACCCUCGAACAGGUCGACAGGAUGAUGGAAGAGUCCACACCACGCACAUCGAGCAAGUGGAGGCCAACCACGACGUUUGCGCAAAGCAGAGCUAGGGAUGGCGUGUUGGAGAAGGAGCUCGUUGACGAUGUCACGCGACGCGGCUCAGCCUUCUAG